AUGGAUACCUUACUUACGGCAGAUAUCGUGGCCAACUCGCCGCAGUUCCGGCGGAAAUCUUCAAUUUUCGUCGAUGCGAUCCACGACCUACCGGAAAAGGCCGAUCUGGCUCCAGCUCAGCUGUAUAGCACGGAAUCCGGUCGGCUGUUCCACUCCGGUCGCAUUGUGAUCAUCACCGUGGGGCUGCCUGCGAGAGGAAAGACGCACAUGUCUGUGGCCUUGGCUCGCUACCUACGAUGGCUUGGUGUCAAAACCAGAAUUUUCCAUCUCGGUGACUAUCGACGGGCUACUAUUCCCUUUGGUGAGGACAUGCCUGAUGACUAUUUCUAUGUGAAUGCAUCGGCAUCAUCUGUCCUGCUUCGCCAGAAAAUUGUACGAAAGUGUCGUGAGGAUAUCUACCGCUUCUUGAGUCAUGAGAACGGUCAGAUUGCAAUCUAUGAUGCGGUUAACCCACUGGCUUCCGGGCGGCGCUCACUUGCCAAAGAGUUUGCAAAGCAUGAUAUCGAGACACUCUUCAUUGAGUCUUGGUGCGACGAUGAACGAAUCAUUGAGGAGAAUGUUCGCCGAGUCAAGAUUUCCUCACCCGAUUACGUCUCAUGGAGCCCCGAGGAUGCAGUCAAGCAUUAUUUGACCCGUAUCUCCUCGCGAAUUCCCCAAUUCCAGACCAUGGAAGAGAAGGACCUGAACUAUAUCAAGAUGAUCAAUGCCGGAGAGCGCCUUAUCGUCAACAACUGCAGCUUCGGCUAUCUUUCUAACCGCAUCGUUUUCUACCUCUUGAACCUCCAUAUUAAAUCGAGACGGACCUACUUCGUUCGGGCGGGCGUAUCGAAAGAUGCCGCAUUCUACAAGUCCGAUUCUGGCCUAUCCGAACAGGGAGACGAUUACGCCAGAAAAAUGACAGACAGUCUGCUUGCUCACCGAGAGUCCGAGAAACAGGACAUGAUUGCCCGCGGUGACGCGGGUUAUGAACUACGACCACUGAAGGUCUGGACCUCCACUAGACGCCGAACUGUGGAGACUGCGAAAUACCUCUACGACAAAGGAUACAAGGUCCGACAGCGCUCUCAAAUGAGUCAACUCAACCCCGGUGUCUGUGAGAAGAUGUCGGAGAGACGCAUCCGUGCAGAGUGGCCGGACGAAGUCGCAAAGCAUGAGCUUGAUCCCUACCAUCAUCGGUACCCUCGAGCCGAGUCUUACCAUGAUCUUGCUGUCCGUCUUGAGCCCGUUAUUCUCGAACUAGAGCGAGAGCAGAACGAUUUGCUCAUUAUCGCCCACGAAAGCGUGCUGAGAGUCUUGUACGGCUAUCUCAUGGCUUGUAACGCCGCCGACAUUCCAUUCUUGGAAUUCCCACGCGAUGAGAUCAUUGAGAUCAUCCCCGAGAGCUACCAAAAUGAAGCACGCAGAAUCCAUAUUCCCGACCUGCCAGAAGAGAUUAUCCCCGCCUCGCCCGAAGAUCUGAAGAUCCCCGUGCCUCCUAGCGGAUUCGUUUCCCCAAUCCAAGGCCUGGGCAGCCCAUUAGACGGGGCUGGGACUCCUCAGAGUGGAUUCAGGACCCCAAGUGGACUUCGUACCCCUCGUGAGCCGGAGCGAAUCUCCCAGCAACACGUCGAGGACGUUGUUUAA